AUGGCGAGACCUAAUCAGGAAGCAAUUAACACCUACAUGAAUAUAACUGGCGUAUCAGAACCAGAUGCUAUACGAAAACUUGAGGAGCAUGGUGGCAAUCUCAAUGAAGCCAUCAAUGCGCAUUUCAGUGAAGGGGAUCGAAACAUCACACACGAAACAUCUGUUCCUGCUCCUCAGGAUGAUGUCAUGGACAUUGAUGAUCCAAUUCCAAUUGCAUCCCGUAGACCUCCUUUCUCACUUAUAUCUUCUGCGGGAAAUGUGGAUCCUUUUUCUCUCGUUGAUCCCCUUGUCCGUAGCAGUAUAUUUGAUAGUGGAACUGAUUUUCCAAGCAGUGCACGUGCCCCUUUUGUGUCACAUCCAAGAGAAGUGAGGGAGAUCCCUAUUGAGGUCAAGGAUGGGAAUGGGCAAUCCGGUCAUUCUGGUCUUGCUCCUACCAUUGAUGAUGUCACUGAAACUGCAGUUUCCCAUGGCCCAGGAACCCAUGGGACUGUAAUAACUGAUGAUAAAGAUGACACAGAUAUUCCAACUGCAUGUUCUGCAGAGCCAACUAGUUCUCAUGACACGCAUCCUAGNCCCAUUGAUGAUGUCACUGAAACUGCAGUUUCCCAUGGCCCAGGAACCCAUGGGACUGUAAUAACUGAUGAUAAAGAUGACAAAGAUAUUCCAACUGCAUGUUCUGCAGAGCCAACUAGUUCUCAUGACACGCAUCCUAGACCAAGUUCCCCUGGAAUUGCUGAUUUACCUGACUAUGGAAAUGAUAUAGAAGAAGAAAUGAUUCGAGCUGCAAUUGAGGCUUCCAAACGGGAUACUGAGAUAGUUUAUCCAGAUCAACAAUUUGGUGUUCAAUAUGUAUGUCAAGACCCAAGUGGUCCCAUGCUUCAGCAAAGGCAAUCUCACCUAGAGGAUGCUGAACUUGCUCAUGCAGUUUCGUUAUCAUUGGAGACAGCGGAGCAAGAGAAAGCAUUGCGCGAACUGGGGGGGACAGAAGCAUCAGAUAUGGAAACUUAUAAGUCAGACAACAUGGAAGAGCUAGGGCAAUUAGCAUCACCUAAUGGAAGGCCACCUAAGUUGGAGAUGGGAAGCUCAUCUGUCCAGGAUGAAGCUGAAGAUGUCGAAGAACAGCCACUUGUUAGGAACAGGAGUAGGCAAAUGUCUUCGGUUUCUAUCGACACUGCCAAAGAAAUUGAAGAAAUAGAGAUUAGCCCUCCUUCAAGUCCUCAACAAGGUGUUAUUGUCAGUAAUCCACAGCAUAAUGAAAGCCACUUACAAUCGGAUGAGUGGGGAGGCAUAUCUUCUGAGGAACAUGAUGAAGCUGUCAUGCUUGAGGCUGCACUCUUUGGCGGAAUCCCUGAAGGGAGUGGAUAUCCUUUUCCCUAUGCACCGCAUCAGGUCAUGCAGAAUGGCUUCGAUAGAACUGUGGGUCCUAAUUCUUGGUGGACACCGCGUCCUCCAUCACCUUCUCUUGCUGCCCAGCGCUUGAUACGGGAACAACAGGAUGAUGAAUAUCUUGCUUCACUGCAAGCUGAUAGGGAAAAAGAAUUGAAGGCCAGGGAGGAAGCCGAAGCUCGUCGUUUAGACGAACAAGCAGCUAGAGAAGCUGCUCUUCAAGAAGACAUGAGAAAGGAGGAUGAAUCACGUAUAAGAUUGGAGGAGGAACAGGAGGUUGAGAGACUGCUAGCUGCCAAAGAAGCAUCUCUUCCUCAUGAACCAACAUCAGCUGAUGAAAAUGCUAUUACCCUUCUUGUGCGGAUGCCUGAUGGCAGCCGCCGAGGUCGCCGAUUUAUCAAAUCUGACAAGCUACAGUAUCUUUUUGAUUUUAUUGAUAUUGGUAGAGGGGUCAAGCCUGGAACUUACAGAUUGGGUUCUGAGAGCUGGGGUUUCUGGGUUUUGAGUUGGAUUCAGUUUUCAGCUAAUAUGGGAUCGAUGAAGGUCUCAAAUGCUGAUCUGGGUCAUUCAAUUCAUCGGUUUUUUAGCUGCCAAUAUGAACAAGCAUGUUUUUGGAGUUUCAUGCAUGGUGUGAGUUUCAAUCAGCUGGAAAAUCAUAUUUCUUCCCAAUGAGUUUUCUGUGAAGCUUUUGGAAUCCGAUGAUCAUUUUUCGGUAGGUGUUUAUGUUGUUUACGAUUCUUUGAUUCUUUGUUUUGGGUGGGAUUUUGUUUAUUCUGUUCUUCAUUGCAUAUACUCAAAUCAUAUCUUCACAUAGGGACACACAAAUAUAUGAAAGAAUUUCUUUGAUUUUACUGCUUUAUUUUGCCAUCGGAUUCCUAGUGUUUUGAUUUGAUUUUGAUUUUGAUUUUGAUUUGUUAAAACUUCACACACUCACAUAGUCUGUUUC